UUUUGGGAAGUGAUCAGUGAUGAACAUGGUAUCGAUCCAGCAGGAAAUUAUAUCGGUGACUCAAAUCUGCAGCUGGAGAGGAUAAACGUUUACUACAAUGAGGCAUCCUCCCAGAAGUACGUUCCACGAGCAGUUCUGGUUGAUUUGGAGCCUGGCACAAUGGAUAGUGUUCGAUCUGGGCCUUUUGGUCACCUUUUCAGGCCUGAUAACUUCAUUUUUGGGCAAACGGGUGCAGGGAACAAUUGGGCAAAAGGCCAUUAUACAGAAGGGGCAGAACUGGUGGACUCUGUGCUGGAUGUGGUGAGGAAAGAAUGCGAGCACUGUGACUGUCUGCAGGGGUUUCAGCUCACUCACUCCCUGGGAGGAGGCACAGGCUCUGGAAUGGGAACGCUACUCAUCAGCAAAAUACGAGAGGAAUAUCCCGACAGGAUUAUGAAUACCUUCAGCGUCAUGCCUUCUCCCAAAGUGUCAGACACUGUAGUUGAACCUUACAAUGCCACCUUGUCCGUCCAUCAGUUGGUUGAGAAUACUGAUGAAACUUACUGCAUUGACAACGAGGCCCUUUAUGACAUCUGCUUUCGCACACUCAAGCUUACCACCCCCACCUACGGGGACCUGAACCACUUGGUGUCAUCGACAAUGAGUGGGGUCACCACCUCUCUGAGAUUCCCUGGACAGCUCAAUGCAGAUCUACGGAAGCUAGCUGUCAACAUGGUGCCAUUCCCUCGCCUCCAUUUCUUUAUGCCUGGUUUUGCACCGCUCACAGCCCGUGGCAGCCAGCAGUACCGUGCUCUCACAGUUCCCGAGCUGACACAGCAAAUGUUUGAUGCCAAGAACAUGAUGGCGGCCUGCGACCCAAGGCAUGGGCGCUACCUAACGGUGGCCACCGUCUUCAGGGGUCCCAUGUCGAUGAAAGAGGUGGACGAGCAGAUGCUGGCUAUCCAGAACAAGAACAGUAGCUACUUUGUGGAAUGGAUUCCCAAUAAUGUCAAGGUGGCAGUGUGCGACAUUCCUCCCCGAGACCUCAAGAUGUCUUCCACAUUCAUAGGCAACAGCACCGCCAUUCAGGAGCUGUUCAAGCGAAUCUCAGAGCAGUUCUCUGCCAUGUUCAGGAGAAAGGCUUUCCUCCACUGGUUCACUGGGGAAGGGAUGGAUGAGAUGGAGUUUACAGAGGCAGAAAGCAACAUGAACGACCUUGUCUCAGAGUAUCAGCAGUACCAGGAGGCCACAGCCAACGAUGGAGAGGAGACAUUCGAGGAGGAUGAGGAAGAAGUGAAUGAAUAAACAAAACAAUUAUUAAUCAAAAUUAUUAACCCAAUAUUCUGUUUUCCUGAAUAUAAAGUGCACUUUGUGGUUUGUUUGAGACAGAAUUCACUGCCGGUAUUCUUAAAGCAAUGUGAGCACAAGCAAGAGUUUUUGUUACACAGUAUUAUUAACGUGAACGUUUUGAAGAAAUAAUGGUUACAAUAAACAGAUAAAACGC